AUGGCCCUCAAAAAGGCUGAAAAGCCUCAAAUCCCAAUCCAACCUGUCCCAGAGAAGCGCGGUUAUGAAUUUUGUGGGCCACCAGGAGCCUUCGCAAUCAUUUUCGGUCUUCCUCUGCUUGUCUAUACCUUCACCUUCGUUUGCAAUGAUGUGUCGGGGUGUCCCGCACCUUCCCUCCUGAGCCCCUCGACCCUGACCCUCGACCAGCUCAAGCGUGAGGUGGGCUGGCCCGAAGAGGGCAUUGUUGGUCUCUAUGACACUAAGGUUACACUGUGGACGCUGAGCUACUAUGCUUUCAGUCUGUUCUUGCAGGUCUUCCUGCCUGGCCAGGAGAGGGAUGGUGUGCCCCUGGCAUGCCAUGGACGACUGAAGUAUAAGUUCAAUGCCUUCUCCUCCGCCCUCAUCAUCCUCGCGGGCCUGGCCACCGGUACCUACAUGUACGGCGCGGAUUUCGUGGUGUGGACCUUCCUGUGGGAGAACUACGUUCAGGUCAUUACCGCGAACCUUUUGAUUUCUUCAUCAACUGCGCUUUUCGUCUACCUGAAGAGCUUCACGGUCCCGGCACCCGGCAAGCCUAACCAGGAGCUCCGCGAACUGGCACCUGGUGGCCACACUGGCAACAUCCUUUACGACUUCUUCAUUGGCCGCGAGCUCAACCCUCGAAUUCGCCUGCCCAUUCCAUUCGUCAGCGAGACAUCCCGCACGAUUGAUAUCAAGGUGUUUAUGGAGAUGCGCCCCGGCUUGCUCGGAUGGACUAUCCUGAACCUUUCCAAUGUGGCCCACCAGUACCGCACUUACGGCUAUGUGACUGAUUCCAUCGUUCUGGUCACUAUCUUCCAGGCCUUCUACAUUCUGGACGCGCUGUACAUGGAACCCGCAAUCUUGACCACGAUGGAUGUGAUCAUGGACGGCUUUGGCUUCAUGCUGUCUUUCGGCGACGUUGUUUGGCUCCCCCACAUCUACAGCGUCCAGAGCCGCUACCUCGCCGUCUUCCCCCUCGAGCUUGGCUGGAGCGGAAUGGCCCUCGUUCUAGGAGCCACCGCCGUUGGAUACUCGAUCUUCCGUGGUGCUAAUAACCAGAAGAACCGCUUCCGUACGGACCCCAACGAUCCCCGUGUGAAGCACAUCAAGUUCAUCGAGACCGCUAGUGGCUCGAAGCUGAUGACUUCUGGCUGGUGGGGUCUGGCCCGGCACAUCAACUACUUUGGCGAUUGGAUCAUGUCAUGGUCCUACUGUCUGCCUACUGGUAUUGCUGGCUAUGCUCUCAUCGAAAGCAUCAACCCUGCCAGCGGUGCCCUUCAGAAGCAGGCUGUUCAGACCCCCGAGGUUCGCGGCUGGGGAAUGAUUUUCACUUACUUCUACAUGCUCUACUUCGGAGUCUUGCUGGUUCACCGCGAGAUGCGCGAUGAGGAGAAGUGCAAGAAGAAGUAUGGUGCUGACUGGGACCGCUACACCUCGAUGGUCCGCAGUCGCAUCAUCCCGGGCAUUUAUUAA